AUGUUUACUCGUGUGAUGACGGAAAACCGAACCGGUGUCAUUUCGGUUCCUGUUGCCAAGGAAACACGGGGAGGGAGGGAGCGAGCGAGGGCGCGUGUGUGUCUGUGCGAGACAGCGAGGACAGAGGCAGCGCGUGCGGGGAAGUCUUCUCGCCUUAGCAACCUGCAGGGAUGGCGGGGGGCCGGGGUGGGCGAAUUGCGUUUCGGCUCCUCCUCCUCCAGUCCGCGGCUCCUGACCAAGAGCCUGUCCCUGGAGCCGGGGCCCUGCCUGGGGAGCCGCGAGACCCCCCAGCGCCUCUGCUCGGACCCCGGGCCCCUGGGACCCCAGGACUGCAACGGCACCAGCGAGAGGGGGCCCCCGGAGCUGCCCCCUGCGGGCCCAAAGACGCGGCCCCCGCUGCCUGGACCCAAGCCGCAAGUUCCCCCAAAGCCGCCCCAUCUGCAGGGCCUGCGCCUUCCUCGGGGUCCUGACAAGCCCAUCCCCCCGCCUCCCUCCCGCCCCCUCCCUGCGGACCCCCGGGCCGGCCGCGCCACCCUGCCGCGCACAGAGGGGGGCGCCACUCCGUCCUGCGUGCUGUCGCUCAUCGAGAAGUUUGAGAGAGAGCAGAUCAUCGUGGUGCCCGAUAUCAGUGGUGGCUGCCUUUGUCCUGCCCGCGCCUCCGAGCCGGAAACCGAAACGGCAGGAGAGAUUCCUCCCUCUCCUCCUCUGGAACCACCCAGACUGUGUCCCAUGCCCCUUGAGGGCCGGGGGGUUCCAGGGGGGACAGCUGAAGGGAUGGAGGGGGGUGAGGAGGAAGAGGAAGAGGAGGGCGAGAGUGGGGCAGCGGCCAGGUGUCCCGAGCGACGCCUGUCCUGCGAAUCGGGCUACAGCGCCUCCGACAAGUUAUUGGACGCCCUGGAGAUGAGGGACCUGCUAGCCGGCCAAUCGGAUGUCCCCUCGGACCGCUUGUCCCUCCCCCCGCCUCAGACGGACGGCAAGCUGGCCAACCGGGACAGCGGGAUCGACAGCAUCAGCUCCCCCUCCCACAGCGAGGAGCUCUGUUUCGUGGGGGAGGAGGAGAGGGCGGGGCUGCCGGAGAGGGACCGCCCCCCGAGCCCCGCCCAGCCCCUGCCCCCCCUCUCCCCUCGCUGCCCAGCUGGAGAGGGUGAAAGGGGUGCCACAGGGGGCCGGGGGGUCUCCCGCUACUCGGAGGGGGACAGCGACAUGGAGGAGGGCAGCGGGGAUGAGAGUGAGCUGGCCUCCACGCCCACCCUCCAGCCUUCCCUGGCCAGCCCCCUCAAAGCAGAGAGGCAGGACUCGUCUGAGCUCUCCACGCAGCAGAAGGUGUUCAACAUCGCCAACGAGCUCCUGCUCACAGAGAAGGCCUACGUGUCCAGACUGCACCUCCUGGACCAGGUGUUCUGCACCCAGCUGAUGGAGGAGGCUCGAACCCGCAACUCUUUUCCCUCGGAGGUGGUGAUGGGCAUCUUCUCCAACAUCUGCUCCAUCUACUGCUUCCACCAGCAGUUCCUGCUCCCGGCCCUGGAGAAGCGCAUGGAGGAGUGGGACUCGAACCCGCGGAUAGGCGACAUCCUGCAGAAGCUGGCUCCCUUCCUGAAGAUGUACGGCGAGUACGUGAAGAAUUUCGACCGCGCCAUGGAGCUGGUCAACUCCUGGAUGGAGCGAUCGUCCCAGUUCAAAACCAUCAUCCACGACAUCCAGAAGGAGGAGGUGUGUGGGAAUCUGACCCUUCAGCACCACAUGCUGGAGCCGGUCCAGAGGAUCCCCCGCUACGAGCUGCUGCUGAAGGACUACCUGCACCGGCUGCCCCAGGACGCCCCCGACUACAAGGACGCUCAGAAGUCCCUGGAGCUGAUCGCCACAGCGGCGGAGCACUCCAACGCAGCCAUCCGGAAGAUGGAGCGGAUGCACAAGUUGUUGAAGGUGUACGAGCUGCUGGGGGGAGAGGAGGACAUUGUCAACCCCACAAACGAGCUCAUUAAAGAGGGGCACAUCCUCAAACUGUCUGCAAAGAACGGCACCUCGCAGGACCGAUACCUCAUCCUGUUCAACGACAGGUUACUCUACUGUGUCCCAAAACUGAGGCUCAUCGGGCAGAAGUUCAGCGUCCGGGCCAGGAUUGAUGUGGAUGGCAUGGAGCUGAAGGAGACGAGCAGCGUGAACGUACCACAGACUUUCCUGGUGUCCGGAAAGCAACGUUCUCUGGAGCUGCAAGCACGGACAGAGGAAGAGAAGAAAGACUGGAUGCAGGCUAUCCAGGCCACCAUUCAGAGACACGAACAGACGCUGGAAACCUUCAAGCUGCUCAACUGCUCCUCUCGAGACGAGGACUACACACCCCCCAACUCGCCCGUGAGUCUCACCACUGCCUGCCUGCGCCCACACACACAGACACACACACCUGUGGUCUGUGGGAAGUGUUCGGAGUUCAGAGCGAGGCUCCUUCACAGUGGGUUAGUGGCCAGCUGUGCACGGCCUGUGGAAUCACAGUCACAGUGGGUUGCCACAACUCCAUCCCAUCAUGUCUGGACUAUACCGUCUGUCCUCGUACUGCUUGAGCCAGCUGGAAGCCCCCAGAAAUUGACCAGCAGCUGCCUUUCACCCCUGAGGGCCGGGCUGCAUGGUGUGACGCGGCCCCUGUCCUCCCUCCCUCUCUGUGCGCAGAAACAGGCCUCAGUGGUGGCGGAGAACAGCGUGUUGUGCAGCUUCCUCCACCACAUGGAGAAGGGCUCCGGCAGGGGCUGGCAGAAGGCCUGGUUCGUCAUCCCCGAAAACGAGCCGCUUGUCCUCUACAUCUACGGGGCACCACAGGAUGUGAAAGCCCAGCGCAGCGUGCCUCUGAUCGGGUUCGAGAUCUCCCUGCCGGAGCCCGGAGACAGGCUGGAGCGGCGCUUUGCCUUUAAGAUCAGCCAGAGUCACCUGACCCUCUACUUCAGCGCCGAGGGGGAGGAGCUUCAACGGCGCUGGAUGGAGGUUCUGUCUAGGGCAGGGAGAGGGGAGGAGCUACAGGGACACGCCUCCAUCUCAGAGGCUGCAGAGGAGGAAGGGGAGGAGCCAGGUGCCUCCACUGAAGAGACGACGUGAUUGGCUGAUAGCUUCGAUGGGCAAGCUAUGAUUGGACCACGCAGACCACUCCCGAAAAAAAAAAAAGAAUGGACUUCUAGAAAUAUGAAGUCAAUUGCAGCAUAAAACAAAAUAAAACACACACUCUUGCACGCUGAA